CAAAGCUCUCUUUUGGGUACCUAAUCUCUUCUUGGCGAACUUCUUAGCUCUCUUUUCACCAGAGUUUCUGAUCAAGUCGACAACUCUUCUUUCGUAUGGAGCCAAGCCAGCAACUUCUCUGAUCAAGGAUCUGACGAAGGUGGUUCUGUUGGACUUGGAGCCCUUCUUGUAUGAUUGUCUUGGUGCGACAGCCUUAGCUUCGACCUUGUGACCUUUGUUUAAACCAAGAAUGAUACCUGGCGAAGAAUAAAGUGCGGGGAGGGGGAGAAAUGUUAGUAAUGCUGUUUCUAGGAUGGGCUUGUGGGGCAGCGUGGGUGGAGUGGCAGAGCGCAGGGUGGGUCCUGGCCGUGGCCGGGUUGCGUGUUUUCCACUGUCGAACGUCGAUCUGGCUGGUCAAACUCUUGUCGUCUGGCUGGGCUGGCUUGCUUGUGGUCCUCGUGUGUUCUUGCUGUCGUGAUGCCCUGCGUGUGCUGUCUGUCUCCAGACGCCCACGUUUCUUGCUCUAGUUCCAGUCUCCGGCGCUUGUUCUGCUGCUCUGCAGCUGUAAGUGUCGCCAGCACGCCCACUUGUGUUCUGGCUGUCGCUUGAACUUCGACUUCCACUUGGCUUCUUCUGCAAUCGCCGUCUCUCGUUAUCUGUCUUCUUCACGCUUCUGUCCGGCUCUUUCGCCGCCACCGUUCCCUUUGGAAAUAGCUUGUGCUGUACAUACCGGAUGCAGCCAUGUUGUGUGUGUUGUGGAAAUGCUCUUCAUUAGAACCGCCCCCUCCAACAACACAGGUCCGAUCUUCAACCACCUGUGUCUGAAAAUUUUGACCACCACCCUGUCUCCCUCUCUCUCCCUGCCUGCCCCUCUGCCCUCACUGGCUCUCUCUCUCUUUCCCGCG